GUGCUCGGGCAGGUCUCUGGUCUAUCCCCAUCUCUGGGUUCUCCCGGGGCAUGAACCUUCUCACCUGGCACCUCCCACCCGGAUGGGGAAUAUCUUCCCGCCAAGCAGCAGCAGCCAGCGGCCGCAGGGGGAGGAGGAGGAGACGCGGCGGCGCUGAAACGAGGAGAAAGAACAUGGAAACGGGGCAAGCAGAGGCAAAAUGGAGGGCUCACCCCAGCAGGGGCUGCUCCAAAGUACCUCUGCACCUACUAUGACGUUGUUGACUACCUGAACAUCUCCUCUCAUGACAAGCUGCACACGUACAUCCUGCCCAAGAUAAACCUGAAGGAGCCUGUGGAAGUGAAGGUGGAUUUCUUUCUGGUGUCAAUUCUCUCUGUGGUGGAAAAGCUCCAGACAGUCAGUUUUUACUUCGUCCUGAACCUGGAAUGGCAGAACCCUUUUGCAACCUGGGAUCCCCGGGAUUUCUGUAACAUCUCUGAAAUUGUUCUGCCCAUGGAUACGUAUUGGUCGCCCCCCAUCUUCAUCUUAGAGCGAGUGAACGGGCAGAACCCAGAGCUGAAUUACAUGGUCCUCAUGCACAACGGCACCUUCAACUCCACCCGGCCCUACCAGGUCACCCUGACAUGCAGUCUGGUUAUCUUCAAGUUCCCCUUCGACACCCAGAUGUGCAACCUGAGCAUUGCUUCAUUCCUCUACCCAGUAACAGACUUUGUCAUGAAGACGAGACGGACACCAGCUGAGGUCAUAAGAGACAGCAAGAACUUAAUCCUAACUGAUGGCGAAUGGAAGUUUACCAACGUGAGCAUCAUUGAAUUCACGGAAAUGAUGGAUGACAAAGAAUUUUCUGUGGUCACCUAUGUGAUUUCCAUGGAUAGACGACCCACUCUCUACAUUCUGAACUUGAUCCUCCCAACGUGUGCCCUCUACUUGCUGGACAUGGCUGUGCUGUUUGGUCCCAGCUCUCUCGAGGAGAAAAUCAACUUCCAGAUUGCCAUCAUCCUGGGCAGCUCCAUGCUGGCUGUGAUUCUCAACAACAGCCUCCCAACUUCCUCCAACAAACCGCCCAUCAUAGUGGUGUUUUUCCUGGGCACCUUCCUGCUCAUGAUCAUGGCUGUGUUGGACACCUUCUUCCUGUUGUACCAGCAGCGCAAAUCCAGGCGCUUGGACAAGGUCCUCAGGAGCUUCCAGCAAGACCCACACGAGCUGCCCAAGGCACCCCCAGACAAUCUGGCCAAGGGGGGUCCCCAGCUGCUGCACCCUCCCAAGAAGGCCCAGGGACAAGGGCAGCCUACCAAGCACCUCUGGCAGCUGCAGGAGCUGGAUCAGUUUCUUCCAGUUCUGGAGAAGGUGCUUCUCUUCAGCCACCUCUUCCUGUCCCUGUUCUUUUUUACUGUGAUUUUUGUAAAAUGGAGCAGCUGAAGAUCAGCUGCAGUGCCAGCUCAGUUUUUCUCUACUGUGUUGCUUCUG